AUGGUUCUCGAAAACUCCUCUUCCAAACAGGCAGACGAAUCAUUCGACUCCAUCCCUACCUCCGACAACGAUCCGUAUGCAACUUCGGAGCAAGGCCAAGACCAAAACCAAGGUAAUAGUGUCCUCUCAUACCGUAUCGAGAGCGACAAACUACCUCAAAGUAUGCCGAUAUUCGGUCCUCUCUUCGGCUACAAUCAAGAACGCUUGGUCAGAGUUACCAGUGCCCGGAUCAACGCUGCAACGAACAUCAUCAAACGUCCACUCAGACAAGAAGAAGUCGACGCCAUUGCAUAUUAUGAUGCGAAAGUACUACAAAUCAAUUCAUACGCUCCUCUCGCAGGUUUAUCUACGGGCAUAUACAGAGCAAUUCAAACCGCCCCCACAUUUCGAUUUCCUUUCUAUCAACCAAAUCUCAAGACUUUCAAUUCAAGCAUCUUUCCCCAUGCAAGAAUGCCUUAUAUCAAGGGGGGGUCGGCAGUCAUCGCCUGGCAUGUAUUCAGAGGGUUAUGGUACUCUUAUAUAGGACAAUCUUUAUCAAAAGCAAUCUUCGGGGUGUACGCAGCUGGUAUGACGGCUCAGAGAUACAGGAGCGACCCGCGGUUAAAGGAUAUUACAGCGGCUACAAUGGAACAAUUUAACAAAUUGCACAAAAAUCUACCUAGUCCGGCAGGACUUCCAAGGCCACCUAUGAAGCCGGGACAAGGACAAUCGCAAACUCAGAAUAAGCAGGAAUACGAUGAUGCUAGUCCGACUAGUGGUGCCGAGUGGUAUGGAGAAGAUAAUACACCAGGGGCUUCCCAGACGACUCCUCAAACCUUUCCACCGACAAAUAGUUGGCCACAGAAACAACAAACAUCAGCGCAAACCUCAUCACAAGCUCCGGCACAAGAGGAAAAAUCCUUCAGUGUGUUCGAUGAUGCAUCACCUACCGGGGAGCAGGGAAUGAAUACCAACACAACAUCUCCCUCUUCAUCUGGCUCAGCAUGGGAUCGAAUCCGCCGUGGAGAAAAACCCGCUUCUACUUCUAAUACCCCUUCAUCACAAUCAUCAGGAUGGGCAAGAGUCCAAAGGAAUGCAUCCAACACAUCGGGUGAUGAAGUGGCUCAUACAGAUAGUUUUGCAUUUUCGAAAACAGAAGAGGAGAGGAACUUGGCGCAGGCGAGGGCGCAAAAGGAGUUUGAUACCAGGGUGGAAAAGGAGAGGAGAGGGGAGAGUUUUAGUGCGGGUGAAGGUGGGGGUGGGGGUGGUGAUGGGGAUCAAAAGAGGUGGUGA